GCAUAGCUGAGAGGCCUGUUCGCCGGGCUCCCGGAGCCAUGCGGCGGACACGGAGUGCUGUGGCCGCGGAGCCGCGAGAGCAGAGGCGCGCCGGGGCUUCUGGGGGCCUGGCGGCCACAGCCAAGAACUACUACAGCGCGCGGCGCUCACUGAGCCGGGCGGGAGGCGGGAGCCGGGCAACGGGCCGGAUGAGGGCCGCGGGCCCGCAGCGGUCGGCGAAGCAGUCGCCGCCGCGGGGCCAGGAGGCGGGGGCCGAGGAGCCGCCACCGGCCGAGCUGCCGCUGCCGACCUCCUCGUCCUCCAUGUCGGCGCUCGACCUGGGAGAGCAGCGGGAGCGCUGGGAGACGUUCCAGAAGCGGCAGCGGCUUAGCUUCGAGGGCGCCGCUAAGCUGCUGCUGGACACCUUUGAAUACCAGGGCCUGGUGAAGCACACAGGGGGCUGCCAUUGUGGAGCAGUUCGUUUUGAAGUCUGGGCUUCAGCAGACUUACACAUCUUUGACUGCAACUGUAGCAUUUGCAAGAAGAAGCAGAAUAGACACUUCAUCGUUCCAGCUUCUCGCUUCAAGCUCCUGAAGGGUGCAGAGAGCUUAACGACCUACACGUUCAACACGCAUAAAGCUCAGCACACCUUCUGUAAGAAAUGCGGUGUCCAGAGCUUCUACACGCCGCGCUCCAACCCUGGAGGCUUUGGAAUCGCCCCCCACUGCCUGGAUGAAGGCACUGUGCGGAGUGUGGUCACUGAGGAAUUCAAUGGCAGUGACUGGGAGAAAGCCAUGAAGGAGCACAAGACCAUCAAGAACAUGUCUAAAGAGUGAGCUUCUGCUUCUUCAUUCCUGGGAAGGAGGGAUGCGCAGGGCAUCAGCGCUGUAGGUCCUGUGAAACCUAGGUGGUGACCCCGGUAUGGCUGACCUGGGCUGUUGUUUCUGUUGGCUGGUGGUCACCUGCGGUUUGCUCCAGCUAGGCUCUUUAGGCAGCUCUUUGUCCAGAUUUUCAUGUAAAGUAGUUGACCUUUCCGCCAACUUUUGUGUGAUCUUUUAGAAAAUAAACAUUUCUCACAUUAAUACUA